CACUCAUGUCACAUGUAUACCGUGAGAUUGGAGAAGGUCUGAGCCAUUCUCUAGACGAAGUUGGACUCAUUUAUUACUCCGUAUUAUGCACGAGAAAAGAGUGAGUAAUCGGGAGGAAUCAUGCAAGCUAGCAAGGAGCAAAAGAGGGCUCCGCUUUUUAAACCAAAUCGCAAUGAUGCUAGCUGUAAGCUACAGUGACCAGCUGUAACGCACCACGUGCUCAUCAACCAUUGGCUCCCACGUUGGCUGAGCCUUAUCCAGCACUGACUAAUUGCGCUACCCGGCCCACCACAUCGGGACCCGCUUUCAAUCCAGCGAAGCCAAACCUGUCAACGGCUAUAAUAUUCGAAAUCCGAGUUAUCCUCAGUCCUACGUGGCACUCGGCAGUCUGACAUGGCACUCAGGCUUCCUCACGAAGCCAGUCGCUCCCAGCUGGCCCAUAAAUACCCACUCCACACCGCAGAUCUUGGAACAGAAGAGAAGACUGUCGUAGAAAUUUCCGGCAAUACUAAAAUGGCUAUCCCGGUUUCAACGGCGGCGGGUCUCCGCCUUCUCUCGGUGCUCAGCUUUGGGUUUUUAGUGUUGGGUUUAGCGGCCAAAUCGCCGGCAAGGUUUGACGAGCUCUUUCAGCCUACCUCCCAGGCGGACCAUUUACUCAUUGACGGAGAUGUCCUCCACAUGAAGCUGGACAACCUUUCCGGUGCUGGGUUUCAAUCGAAGAGUAAAUAUAUGUUCGGGAAAGUCUCGGCGAAGAUCAAGCUGGUGGAGGGAGACUCCGCCGGAACAGUCACCGCCUUCUAUAUGUCAUCAGACGGGGCGAAGCACCAUGAAUUCGAUUUCGAGUUCCUGGGGAACACCUCCGGCGAGCCGUAUCUGGUUCAGACGAAUGUGUACGUCAACGGCGUCGGAAACAGGGAAGAAAGGGUGAACCUCUGGUUUGACCCCACGAAGGACUUCCAUUCCUAUUCACUGAUGUGGACUACCAGGAAAGUAAUGUUCUUAGUGGAUGGAACGCCAAUUCGAGUCCACUCAAACAUGGAGGACAAGGGAAUUCCAUUCCCAGGAGACCAAGCCAUGGGUGUGUAUAGCUCACUCUGGAACGCUGAUGAUUGGGCCACACAAGGCGGUAAGGUGAAGACCGACUGGACCCACGCCCCCUUUGUAGCCUCCUACACUGACUUCGAAAUCGAUGCGUGUGAAGUUCCGGCCGCCGUGGCCCCGGUGGAUCACGGCAAGGAGUGCAGCAGUAGCGCCGAGAAGCGGUUUUGGUGGGACGAGCCGACGAUGGCGGAGAUGAACGUUCACCAGAGCCACCAGCUCCUCUGGGUUAGGGCAAACCAUAUGGUUUAUAAUUAUUGUACCGACACGGCCAGGUUCCCGGUGGCUCCGGUGGAGUGUGAGCACCACCGCCACUUCUACCACCGCAACUAAUUUUACCAUGAUGGUAAAAUAAAAGGCACAAGGGUAUGGUCGGGUGGUUCUGUCGACAUGUUCUCCAUGUUACAUAUUUUUGCUUAUUAAUCUAGUAGGCUAAUUAAUGUCACACUUUGUAUGUAAACUACUACUCACUUUGUUCUCUUAUCAAUGCAGUUCAUUUCUCUUGGAUAAACUUUUUCAACUUAAUUACUUGAGUGUCCGAUUAGCUUUUUAAUAACAAUGCUUAGGUGACACACUAUUCAUACACUUCGAAAUUCUUGAGACAUGAUUUUCAUAUGACUUAAUUUGACA